AUUCCACUGAUCAUUAUCACCAAUGACUUUAUGGGCCGACGUAUGUCACUCACUCUUGUCUCCGUUCUCUGUGCACUUCUAUUCGUGAUUUUGGAUAUUUGCAUGCCAAAGGCGAUAGCCAUUGCCAUUCUCUUCGUCGCGCGAGCACUCUCCUCGGGAAUGUUUAGCAUCGUCUACCUCUACACAAACGAGGUAUAUCCAACAACAAUUAGAUCUCUGGGUCAGGGUGUAUGCAGUUCCUUCGCUCGACUAGGGGCGAUGUCAACGCCAUACGUGGCUGAGGUCGUUAUGCCUGAUGUAUCAGCUCUCCUUGGUCUUUCAUUCUAUAGCGGUGUUUGUCUUCUUUGUGCAGUCACAGCCCUUUUCUUACCCAUCGAAACGAAAGAUCGUGCACUUCAGGUAAUUAAUAUCAACCACUACUUUUACGCAUUGCGACCACGCUUGCUUCCACAAUUGCCAAUGCAAACUUUCACUCCUCCAGACUUGUAA